CGUCCCACAUAUAAAGUAGAGGAAGAUGGGCACAGAUGUCAGGGCCAGGCUUCCUCAGAAAACAACAACAACAACAAAAUAAACAAAACUCAAGCUCUUGAGAAUUAAGUUCCACCUAACCAAUCUGGGUGACCAGUCAGUUAAAAUGGUUUAGGAAGAACUUGCCCCAGAUUGACUGAUUGAUAGUUUUUCUUCGUAUUAAUUAUCAAGUUUUUCUCCCCAGUUUUUGUGUUGAAAAUUAUUUUCAAACCCGUAAAGACUUACUGAGAUAUCGUUCUAGAAUCCCCAGUACUUAUUACAGUUGCUGUAGUAACAGUAGAACCCAGGGGUUUUUUUCAAAGCAUUAUUCAGAUUUCUCCACCCAGGCAGAAAAGGUUUCAGAGGGAGUGUGAACCCAGAGCCCCAGUUGUGGGGAUGAGGCUCCGAUUUCCUAAAUCAUUUGUGGUUAUAACCACGUUGUCGGCACCCUGUCCGCAUCUUUUCUGAAGUCUGCUAUGAGGGGGAGCAGAGGACAGCCUCGGGAGCCCCAACAAUAGCUUGAGGAGGGUUUGGAUUACCUGGAAGAAAGUUCCGAAGCAUCAUGUCGCCACAGACCCUCUUUAGCACUGCUGUGAUCAAAUGCUCCUGGGAAGGCCAUGAGAAAGAGCAGAUGUGUGUAGAGGGAGAAAGUUGCAUAGUCAAAAAACAAGGUUGUUACUCUUAUCUUGAGUCAAGCAGAGAACUAUUAACAAUAGAGCUUUGUGCCAUUGACAGAGUGUAAAGAGGGGACCUGUUUUACUUUGAGACUUGUGACCUGACAUGCCUAUGUCUGGCCAGCCAGAGUGAAUGGGGUCAGGGUUAGCUACCUUCAUCUAUGCAGUCACAAAGGUAAAGAUGAUACUGGAGAGUGUAUUCCCUCCCGGGAGGCCUCGGCCUCACGCCCCAGCAGCCCCAGCAAGACUUGCGAAAUAACACCUUUGUCUGAGACAGGGUUAUGCAUCUUCUCUUCUACACCCUCAUGACAAGUGUAGGUGGCUUAAGGUCAAGAAGCGAGGACGUGGACAUGGACCAUCCCUCUGAGCAGCUCUAAAGUAAGGCCAAGCACACUGCCUUUCCUGUGAGAGCCCUAGAGAGUAAGACGCUCGCUGCUGGUGAGAGAGGGUAUGGCCAGGAUUCCUGGAGUUGGAAGAUCUUCAGCUUCACCAUCUUUGGAGAACAAAGAAGAACAUGAAGGAGAUGUGGCCCUUCUUAGUCGUGAGGAUCCUGACAGAGGACACACAGUGGAGCAGCUGGCACACCCGGAGUCCUCCGACCUUGACCCAAGGAUGCAGGCCCCACCCUGCAGCCUUCCCACUGGGCUCAGCCUGGACGACUUCAUCCCGGGCCACCUCUGGGCCCACCUAGGGUCAUCUUCCCGGGGAACACAGGUGCCCGUGAUCCGGAAUGGUGGCUCCAACACCCUUAAUUUCCAGUUCCAUGAUCCUGCGCCCAGGACUGUAUGCAAUGGGUACUUCCCACCGAGGAGAGAUGCUUCCCGGCACCCAGACCCUGCUUGGUAUCAGACCUGGCCAGGGCCUGGGAGCCGGCCCUCUGGGAGCCAGAAGACCCCAGCCUCCCAGCAUCCUCAGGACUGGUCAGCCACAUGGACCAAGGACAGCAAACGCCGAGACAAGCGCUGGGUCAAGUAUGAGGGAAUCGGGCCUGUGGAUGAGAGCGGCAUGCCUAUUGCCCCCCGAUCUAGCGUUGACAGCCCCAGGGACUGGUACCGGAGAAUGUUCCAGCAGAUUCACCGGAAAAUGCCAGACCUGCAGCUGGACUGGACCUUGGAGGAAGCACCCAAAGACUCAAGGCGUCCAGGGCUCCAGCAAAGACCUGCUACCAGGCCAGGCCAAGCUUCGUGUCUGAGCGGAAGAAGCUGGGACCUCGCUGAGGAGUUUCCUAGAAGCACCUUCAGUCAUAAUCCUGGAGCGCCCUCCUCCCUGCUCCAGACCCCAAACCAGGUGCCCAGACGCCGAGAGAAAGUGGACAACAUCUGGACGGAAGAUUCUUGGAACCAGUUUCUGCAAGAACUGGAGACUGGGCAGAAGCCCAAGAAACCACUGGUGGAUGAGCCUGUUGAGCAGCCCUCCCAGCCCAUCGAGGUCCUGCUGGAGAGAGAGCUGGCCAAGCUGAGCGCGGAGCUGGACAAGGACCUGCGGGCAAUUGAGACCCGGCAGCCGUCCCCGAAGGGCUCCCGGUCGCCCCGACGGUCGCGGGAGACGCGGCCCCCCGCCGGCCCGGCCUCCGCCUGGAGCUCCAGCGCGCCGAAUGCACUUUACCUGUGUCCCUCCCGGCCCCUGAGCCCCCACAGAAUGGCGGAUGGAGGAAGCCCCUUCCUAGGUCGUAGGGACUUUGUCUACCCUUCCACCGCCCGAGACCCUAGUGCCUCUGAACGAGGGGGCAGCCCAGCCAGGAAGGAAGAGAAGAAGAGGAAGGCUGCCCGACUCAAGUUUGACUUCCAGGCACAGUCCCCCAAGGAGCUGACUCUGAAGAAGGGUGACAUUGUCUACAUCCACAAGGAGGUGGACAAGAACUGGCUGGAGGGGGAGCACCACGGCAGGCUGGGCAUCUUUCCUGCCAAUUAUGUGGAGGUGCUGCCUGCAGAUGAGGUCCCCAAGCCCAUCAAGCCCCCGACCUACCAGGUGCUGGAGUACGGAGAAGCUGUGGCCCAGUACACCUUCAAGGGGGAUCUGGAGGUGGAGCUGUCCUUCCGCAAGGGGGAGCGCAUCUGCCUGAUCCGCAAGGUGAACGAGAACUGGUACGAGGGCCGCAUCUCGGGCACGGGGCGCCAGGGCAUCUUCCCUGUCAGCUACGUGCAGGUGUGCCGUGAGCCCCGGGGCCGCGUCUGCGACGAUGGCCCCCAGCCCCCUGCGUCCCCCCGCCUGGCCCGUCACCCCAGCUCUCCGUUAGCACCACGCGGCCCAGCUGAUCCCACCGAUUGGCGGGGCCAGACCUCCCCACGCCACGCUGGCUGCUCCAUCUCCACCCAGGAGCCCAGACCCCAGACCCAGAAUCUCGGCACCCCUGGGCCAGCUCCGUCCCAUCCUGGAGGCUCCAGCCGUCCCCUGGACCUGGGGACCUCCUCCCCCAGCACUACUCAGAUACACUGGACCCCGUACCGGGCGAUGUACCAGUACAGGCCCCAGAAUGAGGACGAGCUGGAGCUGCAGGAGGGGGAUCGGGUGGAUGUCAUGCAGCAGUGUGAUGAUGGCUGGUUUGUGGGUGUGUCCCGGAGGACCCAGAAAUUUGGGACAUUCCCUGGAAAUUACGUAGCCCCAGUGUGAUGGUCUCCGACGCAACUCAGAGCCCAGCCAGGAUGGGGUAGGGAGCAGUAGCACUUACGGGAGGGAGAGAAGACCCCUCUCCCAGGUGCUCCUCCCCAGGCCCUGAACUGCUGGCAUCUGCAGACAACCCCAUCAGCCUUGCCCUUGGAGCCCCCUCGAAGCCCCUGGACUGAUUCCCACCCACAACUCACAAGCAUUCCUCCAACAGCCUUUUAUUUCUUCCCUUACCCUACUCCCCAGAUACAGAGGUCUGCUUUGACGUGGAGACUGUUUCCAGACCUUAUUGCGACCAGACCCCCAAGGACCCCACCCCCACCCUGCUAUGGCUUUUCCUCUAACGGGGACGGCUCCCAGCUUCACCCCCAUGGGGUUCCUCUAACAAGGACCAGCUUCCUAACCUCACAGAGACCAAAGGCAGCCUCCACCCCAGGGGGCACUCCGCCCCUGUCACUCCAGCCUGCCUUCUGUCCCUUGUGCCUUCCGGCCUCCAGCUGGGCCUGGGAGUGAGGUGGGGGGGUGGAUGCAGCAUCUCCUUAGCAUUCGAAGCCUGGCAGGAGGUCUUACCCAAAGGCCCCCCUUCCCAAAGGCUGCCAAGCCCUGGGCCUGGGCCAUGCCUUGUCCUGCUGCUGCAGUGACCAGCAAGGCCAGGACCUCAGAGAACCGGCCCAUCCCAAAUGUUUUCCAGGGAGACUGAUGUAUGCUGCCCUCCUGCCUCCCCAGCUCCCGCAAGUCCCCUCUGGAGGAGAAUGUAAAAUAAAUCUGGAUGCCACGA